CGGGAGAAGAAGGCAUUUCUAAAAUGUCAUAUAUCAAUCACCCGGAUCAAGUUUUGGAAGCUGAUUCUAAAAUCUUCCAUAUGCUGGAUUCACGCAUUUUAGUGCUGGAGGACAAUGUAGUGUCUGGAGAAAUUUCAACUCCGAAUUUCCCUGAUAUUCAUCCGAACGGAUCCGACAUUUCAUGGAUGAUUGCCUAUCCCGAAGGACAUACAAUCGACCUUGACAUAGUAGAAUUUGAAACGGAGAAAUGUUGCGAUCAUUUGAUUGUAUACGAUGGGAUGAAUACGUCUCUUUCUAAUGUUUUAGCAAUUUUCGACGGGAUCAUUGAAGGCAAUGAUUCUUCAAUCGCGAGUACCGGUAACGCACUUUUCCUUCGCUUCUCAUCAGAUUGCCUGAUCUCUAGAAGCGGUUUCAGAGCGACUUUUGUCAACAUUCCACCAAUCCCACCGACACCGAUGCCAUGCGGUUCCGUUCUAUUAUCGAGCGAGGACUCAGGCUUUGUUUUGUCACCCAACUACCCAGAACCAUAUGAUGACGGUAUGAAUUGCACAUGGGAAAUUCAGACAUCGAAUACAACGAGAGUUGAAAUUACAGUUGACAAUUUCAACACAAAUGACUAUGACAGGCUAUUCAUAUACGACGGUACACCAUCCAACCCAGGUGAUCUUUUAGUUACACUGUACGGAAGUGUUUCAAGUGGGUCCAGAGUAAAUGCAAACUCGAACAAUGCCUUCCUUGUUUUUAAUUCAAACUCUUCAUCGUCGCCAUCUAACGGUUUUAAUAUAUCAUAUGAAGGAGUUAUUUAUCACGAACCGACAACGACCCCAGUCGAAACAACAACUGAUUCUUCCUAUAAUCCACAAUGUUAUGGAACACAGUAUUUAACGGGAGCUCCAGAUAUAUUAUCUCCAGGUUACAUUGUUCCGAAUGCAUAUCGAAAUGAUGUCGACUGUCAAUGGAGAAUACAAACAUAUCCUGGCUACAUCUCAAUGAAAUUUUGGGUUCAUUACUUUUCGAUUGAAUAUAAUUACGACUGGGUAAGAAUUUACAACGGAUUUGGGACUGAUUCGUCUAAUCUUAUUGUACAACUCACAGGUUUUAUAGAAGACCACGUUCUUGUAGCUACCACUUCAUCGCCUGACGCAACUUUACAUUUUCAGUCAGAUCGGGUAGGUACAGACAAAGGUUUCUAUUUCCAUGUUUAUGCUGGAGAUCCUGAUCCAUCCUUGUACACGACCAAUGUACCUGAAGUUCCGACAGAACCCGCGGCAGGCACUUGCUCUGAGACAGUUUAUUUGACAAAUUACACAGGAUACCUAUCUUCACCAGGGUAUCCAGGUGAUCAAUACGAAAACGAUCUCGACUGUCGAUUUUCCGUCCAAACCCCACCAGGUACUUUUGUACGACUGGUCAUAGAGUUCUUCGAACUGGAAUACAACGACGUUUUGUACAUUCACGACGGACCAGAUAUCGACAGCAAGGUUACUCACUCACUGUUCUACUUCAUACCACCGUACACUUACACUGCAGACAUGUCGUCAAAUUCCGCUUUUGUUCGAUUUGUGUCAAAUUCGCAGAUCACUAAUUACGGAUUCAACAUCAGAUAUAAACCAGAACCUCCAAUUGUUUAUAAAAGCUGCGGCGCCGAUAUUUACCUCCUCGAUGGAAUAGUUCAAUCACCAAACUACCCUGGUGAUUAUGCGGACGACCUUGAUUGCUACUGGACAGUCUAUGCCUCUUCGGGAAAGUGUGUUUUGUUUACAGUAAUCGACUUCUUGACCGAAAUGUGCUGUGACUAUGUAGAUAUACGAGACGGUACACCGGAUCAACCUUCUCCAAAUAGACUUGUGCAUAUGAGCGGGGAUCAGUCUCAUUCCCCCAGUGUUGAAAUUCUUUCCGAAACCUCGACGGCAUUCAUGAAUUUCUACAGCGACGGCUCGGUUAGCGAAAGAGGUUUCUCUAUGAAAUUUUCAGUAGUAGAGUGCGAUAAUCAGGCGUCCAGAAUUAUUGCUCCAGCAAACACCUUAAAUGCAGAUCCUUAUCGGCAAGAAUUAAUCAAGAGAAAUCGCGCCGGGGAACACGGGAGAGGUUCCAAUAUCAUAGGACGAAACCUGUCGCCAAAAUCGACAAACAGGCAACAGAGAGGGCAACCCAUUGGCAACAAAGAUCAACAUUGUCUUAAUAUGAGUUUUCUGAGAGUAAUAUUGCUCGGCUGUGCCGUGUUUGCAUCUGCAUUUGUAGUUGAUUUGUCGACUGCAACAGUUAGUGGCAUAAGGAAAAGAGCUAUUACGGAUAGUGAGGCUGGCAUCGGCGGAAUUGUCGUAAACAGCCAGGGUUCGGAGUAUGUUGAACCCGCACUACCAUUACACACCUUCCGAGUAUCAAUGUUGAACAAUGGCGAAGAUUCAGUGAGAAUAUCUCAACAAAAUUUGGUGCCAGACGGUGUGGAGAUUCGUUCUUACACUUUCAGCUACUAUUAUGGCGGACAAAUCACUAGGGAGCAAGAGAGAGCACAGACUACUGGAGGAAUGUACAGCCUACAACCGGGAGAAGAAGGCAUUUCUAAAAUGACAUAUAUCAAUCACCCGAAUCAAGUUUUGGAAGCUGAUUCUAAAAUCUUCCAUAUGCUGGAUUCACGCAUUUUAGUGCUGGGGGACAAUGUAGUGUCUGGAGAAAUUUCCACUCCGAAUUUCCCUGAUAACUAUCCGAACGGAUCCGACAUUUCAUGGAUGAUUGCCUAUCCCGAAGGACAUACAAUCGUCCUUGACAUAGUAGAAUUUGAAACGGAGAAAUGUUGCGAUCAUUUGAUUGUAUACGAUGGAAUGAAUACGUCUCUUUCUAAUGUUUUAGCAAUUUUUGACGGAGUCAUUGAAGGCAAUGAUUCUUCAAUCGCGAGUACCGGUAACGCACUUUUCCUUCGCUUCUCAUCAGAUUGCUUGAUCUCUAGAAGCGGUUUCAGAGCGACUUUUGUCAAUAUUCCUCCAAUCCCACCCACACCGAUGCCAUGCGGUUCCGUUCUAUUAUCAAGCGAAGACUCAGGCUUUGUUUUGUCACCCAACUACCCAGAACCAUAUGAUGACGGUAUGAAUUGCACAUGGGAAAUUCAGACAUCGAAUACAACGAGAGUUGAAAUUACAGUUGACAACUUCAACACAAAUGACUAUGACAGGCUAUUCAUAUACGACGGUACACCAUCCAACCCAGGUGAUCUUUUAGCUACACUGUGCGGAAGUGUUUCAAGUGGGUACAGCGUAAAUGCAAAAUCGAACAAUGCCUUCCUUGUUUUCAAUUCAAACUCUUCAUCGUCGCCCUCUAACGGUUUUAAUAUAUCAUAUGAAGGAAUUAUUUAUCACGAACCGACAACGACCCCAGUCGAAACAACAACUGAUUCUUCCUAUAAUCCACAAUGUUAUGAAACACAGUAUUUAACGGGAGCUCCAGAUAUAUUAUCUCCAGGUUACAUUGUUCCGAAUGCAUAUCCAAAUGAUGUCGACUGUCAAUGGAGAAUACAAACGUAUCCUGGCUACAUCUCAAUGAAAUUUUGGGUUCAUUACUUUUCUAUUGAAUAUAAUUACGACUGGGUAAGAAUUUACAACGGAUUUGGGACUGAUUCGUCUAAUCUCAUUGUACAACUCACAGGUUUUAUAGAAGACCACGUUCUUGUAGCUACCACUUCAUCGCCUGACGCAAUUUUACAUUUUCAGUCAGAUCGCGUCGGUACAGACAAAGGUUUCUAUUUCCAUGUUUAUGCUGGGGAUCCUGAUCCAUCCUUGUACACGACCAAUAUACCUGAAGUUCCGACAGAACCCGCGGUAGGAACUUGCUCUGAGACAGUAUAUUUGACAAAUUACACAGGAUACAUAUCUUCACCAGGUUAUCCAGGUGAUUAUUACGAAAACAAUCUCGAUUGCCGUUUUUCCGUCCAAACCCCAGACGGUACUUAUGUACGACUGGUCAUAGAGUUUUUCGAACUAGCAACGGAUGAUUAUUUGUACAUUCACGACGGACCAGCUAUUGACAGCAAGGUUACUCACUUGCUGUCCUACUUCAUACCACCGUACACUUACACUGCAGACAUGUCGUCAAAUUCCGCUUUUGUUCGAUUUGUGUCAAAUUCGCAGAUCACUAAUUACGGAUUCAACAUCAGAUAUAAACCAGAACCUCCAAUUGUUUAUAAAAGCUGCGGCGCCGAUAUUUACCUCCUCGAUGGAAUAGUUCAAUCACCAAACUACCCUGGUGAUUAUGCGGACGACCUUGAUUGCUACUGGACAGUCUAUGCCUCUUCGGGAAAGUGUGUUUUGUUUACAGUAAUCGACUUCUUGACCGAAAUGUGCUGUGACUAUGUAGAUAUACGAGACGGUACACCGGAUCAACCUUCUCCAAAUAGACUUGUACAUAUGAGCGGGGAUCAGUCUCAUUCCCCCAGUGUUGAAAUUCUUUCCGAAACCUCGACGGCAUUCAUGAAUUUCUACAGCGACGGCUCGGUUAGCGAAAGAGGUUUCUCUAUGAAAUUUUCAGUAGUAGAGUGCGAUAAUCAGGCGUCCAGAAUUAUUGCUCCAGCAAACACCUUAAAUGCAGAUUCUUAUCGGCAAGAAUUAAUCAAGAGAAAUCGCGCCGGGGAACACGGGAGAGGUUCCAAUAUCAUAGGACGAAACCUGUCGCCAAAAUCGACAAACAGAGUAAUAUUGCUCGGCUGUGCCGUGUUUGCAUCUGCAUUUGUAGUUGAUUUGUCGACUGCAACAGUUAGUGGCAUAAGGAAAAGAGCUAUUACGGAUAGUGAGGCUGGCAUUGGCGGAAUUGUCGUAAACAGCCAGGGUCCGGAGUAUGUUGAACCCGCACUACCAUUACACACCUUCCGAGUAUCAAUGUUGAACAAUGGCGAAGAUUCAGUGAGAAUAUCUCAACAAAAUUUGGUGCCAGACGGUGUGGAGAUUCGUUCUUACACUUUCAGCUACUAUUAUGCCGGACAAAUCACUAGGGAGCAAGAGAGAGCACAGACUACUGGAGGAAUGCACAGCCUACAACCGGGAGAAGAAGGCAUUUCUAAAAUGACAUAUAUCAAUCACCCGGAUCAAGUUUUGGAAGCUGAUUCUAAAAUCUUCCAUAUGCUGGAUUCACGCAUUUUAGUGCUGGGGGACAAUGUAGUGUCUGGAGAAAUUUCCACUCCGAAUUUCCCUGAUAACUAUCCGAACGGAUCCGACAUUUCAUGGAUGAUUGCCUAUCCCGAAGGACAUACAAUCGUCCUUGACAUAGUAGAAUUUGAAACGGAGAAAUGUUGCGAUCAUUUGAUUGUAUACGAUGGAAUGAAUACGUCUCUUUCUAAUGUUUUAGCAAUUUUCGACGGAGACAUUGAAGGCAAUGAUUCUUCAAUCGCGAGUACCGGUAACGCACUUUUCCUUCGCUUCUCAUCAGAUUGCUUGAUCUCUAGAAGCGGUUUCAGAGCGAAUUUUGUCAAUAUUCCACCAAUCCCACCCACACCUAUGCCAUGCGGUUCCGUUCUAUUAUCAAGCGAGGACUCAGGCUUUGUUUUGUCACCCAACUACCCAGAAGCAUAUGAUGACGGUAUGAAUUGCACAUGGGAAAUUCAGACAUCGAAUACAACGAGAGUUGAAAUUACAGUUGACAACUUCAACACAAAUGACUAUGACAGGCUAUUCAUAUACGACGGUACACUAUCCAACCAAGGUGAUCUUUUAGCUACACUGUACGGAAGUGUUUCAAGUGGAUACAGCGUAAAUGCAAACUCGAACAAUGCCUUCCUUGUUUUCAAUUCAAACUCUUCAUCGUCGCCCUCUAACGGUUUUAAUAUAUCAUAUGAAGGAGUUAUUUAUCACGAACCGACAACGACCCCAGUCGAAACAACAACUGAUUCUUCCUAUAAUCCACAAUGUUAUGGAACACAGUAUUUAACGGGAGCUCCAGAUAUAUUAUCACCAGGUUACAUUGUUCCGAAUGCAUAUCGAAAUGAUGUCGACUGUCAAUGGAGAAUACAAACAUAUCCUGGCUACAUCUCAAUGAAAUUUUGGGUUCAUUACUUUUCGAUUGAAUAUAAUUAUGACUGGGUAAGAAUUUACAACGGAUUUGGGACUGAUUCGUCUAAUCUUAUUGUACAACUCACAGGUUUUAUAGAAGACCACGUUCUUGUAGCUACCACUUCAUCGCCUGACGCAACUUUACAUUUUCAGUCAGAUCGCGUCGGUACAGACAAAGGUUUCUAUUUCCAUGUUUAUGCUGGGGAUCCUGAUCCAUCCUUGUACACGACCAAUGUACCUGAAGUUCCGACAGAACCCGCGGCAGGCACUUGCUCUGAGACAGUUUAUUUGACAAAUUACACAGGAUACAUAUCUUCACCAGGUUAUCCAAGUGAUCAAUACGAAAACGAUCUCGACUGUCGAUUUUCCAUCCAAACCCCACCAGGUACUUUUGUACGAAUGACCAUAGAGUUUUUCGAACUGGCAACGGAUGAAUAUUUGUACUUUUACGACGGAACAGCUGUCAACAGCAAGGUUACUCACACACUGAACGGACACAUCCCACCGUACACUAACAGUGCAGACAUGUCGUCAAAUUCCGCUCUUGUUCAAUUCGUGUCAAAUUCGCAGAACACUGAUUACGGAUUCAACAUCAGAUAUAAACCAGAACCGCCAAUUGUGUAUGAUAGCUGCGGGGCAGAUAUUUACAACCUCGAUGGAAUAGUUCAAUCACCAAAUUACCCUAAUGGUUAUGCGGACCUCCUUGAUUGCUACUGGACAGUCUAUGCCUCUGCGGGAAAGUGUGUUUUGUUUACAGUAAUCGACUUCAUGACCGAAACUUACCAUGACUAUGUAGAUAUAAGAGACGGUACACCAAGUCACCCAUCUCCUAAUCGACUUGCGCAUAUCAGCGGAGAUGACUAUCACUUCCCCAACGCUGAAAUUCUGUCUACAACCUCAACGGCAUUCAUGAAUUUCUAUAGCGAUAGCUCUAUUACCAAAAGAGGAUUCUCCAUGAAAUUUUCUGAAGUAAAUUGCGAUUAUCAGGUGUCGCCGUCGAGAAGUAUUGCUCCAACAAACACCUUGAAUGUAGAUCGUUAUCGGCAGGAAUCAAACGAGAAAAAUCGCGUCAGGGAACACGAGACAGGUUCCAAUAUCAUAGGUCGAAAUCUGUGGCCAAAGUCAACAAACAGACAAGAAAGCGGGCGACCCAUUGACAACAAAGAUUCUAGCCUUAAUAUGGGUUUCCUGAGAGUAAUGUUGCUCGGCUGUGCCGUGUUUGCAUUUGUAGUUGAUUUGUCGACUGCAACAGUUAGUGGCACACGGAAAAGAGCUAUUACGAAUAGUGAGGUGGGCAUUGGCGGAAUUGUCGUAAACAGCCUGAGUUCGGAGUAUGUUGAACCCGAACUACCAUUACACACCUUCCGAGUAUCAUUGAUGAACAAUGGCAAAGAUUCAGUGAGAAUAUCUCAACAAAAUUUGGUGCCAGACGGUGUGGAGAUUCGUUCUUACACUUUUAGUUACUAUUAUGGCGGACAAAUCACUAGGGAGCAAGAGAGAGCACAGACUACUGGAGGAAUGUACAGCCUACAACCGGGAGAAGAAGGCAUUUCUAAAAUGACAUAUAUCAAUCACCCGGAUCAAGUUUUGGAAGCUGAUUCUAAAAUCUUCCAUAUGCUGGAUUCACGCAUUUUAGUGCUGGGGGACAAUGUAGUGUCUGGAGAAAUUUCCACUCCGAAUUUCCCUGAUAACUAUCCGAACGGAUCCGACAUUUCAUGGAUGAUUGCCUAUCCCGAAGGACAUACAAUCGUCCUUGACAUAGUAGAAUUUGAAACGGAGAAAUGUUGCGAUCAUUUGAUUGUAUACGAUGGAAUGAAUACGUCUCUUUCUAAUGUUUUAGCAAUUUUUGACGGAGUCAUUGAAGGCAAUGAUUCUUCAAUCGCGAGUACCGGUAACGCACUUUUCCUUCGCUUCUCAUCAGAUUGCUUGAUCUCUAGAAGCGGUUUCAGAGCGACUUUUGUCAAUAUUCCUCCAAUCCCACCCACACCGAUGCCAUGCGGUUCCGUUCUAUUAUCAAGCGAGGACUCAGGCUUUGUUUUGUCACCCAACUACCCAGAACCAUAUGAUGACGGUAUGAAUUGCACAUGGGAAAUUCAGACAUCGAAUACAACGAGAGUUGAAAUUACAGUUGACAACUUCAACACAAAUGACUAUGACAGGCUAUUCAUAUACGACGGUACACCAUCCAACCCAGGUGAUCUUUUAGCUACACUGUGCGGAAGUGUUUCAAGUGGGUACAGCGUAAAUGCAAAAUCGAACAAUGCCUUCCUCGUUUUCAAUUCAAACUCUUCAUCGUCGCCCUCUAACGGUUUUAAUAUAUCAUAUGAAGGAAUUAUUUAUCACGAACCGACAACGACCCCAGUCGAAACAACAACGGAUUCUUCCUAUAAUCCACAAUGUUAUGGAACACAGUAUUUAACGGGAGCUCCAGAUAUAUUAUCUCCAGGUUACAUUGUUCCGAAUGCAUAUCCAAAUGAUGUCGACUGUCAAUGGAGAAUACAAACGUAUCCUGGCUACAUCUCAAUGAAAUUUUGGGUUCAUUACUUUUCUAUUGAAUAUAAUUACGACUGGGUAAGAAUUUACAACGGAUUUGGGACUGAUUCGUCUAAUCUCAUUGUACAACUCACAGGUUUUAUAGAAGACCACGUCCUUGUAGCUACCACUUCAUCGCCUGACGCAACUUUACAUUUUCAGUCAGAUCGCGUCGGUACAGACAAAGGUUUCUAUUUCCAUGUUUAUGCUGGAGAUCCUGAUCCAUCCUUGUACACGACCAAUAUACCUGAAGUUCCGACAGAACCCGCGGUAGGCACUUGCUCUGAGACAGUAUAUUUGACAAAUUACACAGGAUACAUAUCUUCACCAGGUUAUCCAGGUGAUUAUUACGAAAACAAUCUCGAUUGCCGUUUUUCCGUCCAAACCCCAGACGGUACUUAUGUACGACUGGUCAUAGAGUUUUUCGAACUAGCAACGGAUGAUUAUUUGUACAUUCACGACGGACCAGCUAUUGACAGCAAGGUUACUCACUUGCUGUCCUACUCCAUACCACCGUACACUUACACUGCAGACAUGUCGUCAAAUUCCACUUUUGUUCGAUUUGUGUCAAAUUCGCAGAACACCAAUUACGGAUUCAACAUCAGAUAUAAACCAGAACCUCCAAUUGUUCAUAAUAGCUGCGGCGCCGAUAUUUACCUCCUCGAUGGAAUAGUUCAAUCACCAAACUACCCUGGUGAUUAUGACGACUACCUCGAUUGCUACUGGACAGUCUAUGCCUCUUCGGGAAAGUGUGUUCUGUUUACAGUAAUCGACUUCUUGACCGAAAUGUCCUAUGACUAUUUAGAAAUACGAGACGGUACACCGGAUCAGCCUUCAAAUAGACUUGUGCAUAUGACCGGGGAUCAGUCUCAUUCCCCCAGUGUUGAAAUUCUUUCCGAAACCUCGACGGCAUUCAUGAAUUUUCACAGCGACCGCUCGUUUAGUGAAAGAGGUUUCUCUAUGAAAUUUUCAGUAGUAGAGUGCGAUAAUCAGGCGUCCAGAAUUAUUGCUCCAGCAAACACCUUAAAUGCAGAUCCUUAUCGGCAAGAAUUAAUCAAGAGAUAUCGCGCCGGGGAACACGGGAGAGGUUCCAAUAUCAUAGGACGGAACCUGUCGCCAAAAUCGACAAAGAGGCAACAGAGAGGGCAACCCAUUGGCAACAAAGAUCAACAUUGAAUUUGCAGGGAGCGUGCUUCAUGACUCAAUGUUUUGUUAUUUCAACUUCAUGCUAUUUAGAUUGUCAUAGACUUAAAAUGUAUUUAAUGAAGAUUUGACUAUUAUUGAAUAAUGUUGCGAAUAUCCAUAUUUAAAUGUCGAUACAUUGAUUAUCUGGAUUCUAAGUAACAAUAUCAAUCUAAGACCUAAAAUUAGGGUCAAGUUCCGAAGUCACGUACAAAUAUCCUGUAGUCUUCUGUAGCUUUUUAACCUAGUGAUAUUAAUCUAGAUAUUUACUUUAAUUAUCUGUAGCACUAGAGUAAUUGUAUCGAUCUUCUGUAUUUUUAAUUCGAAAUAAACUUUGUAGCCUA